AUGAGGUCCAGUAAAUCACGCUCAGAACUUGUCAAGCAACUAAGAUUAUUCAUCGACAAUGAUGGUGGAGUCCGCUGUGGAGUAACACGUGUCGACUUCACAGGCGCACUGUAUGUCAGAAGUAAGAAUGAAACUGAAGAAAAGGCAUAUAUUUGUUUAUUUACAUGUACAUCCACACGAGCGGUUCACUUAGAAGUCGUCCGAGAUUUAUCCGAAGAAUCCUUUCUUCAAGCUUUUAGGAGAUUCACCAGCCGGAAAUCUCUACCACACGUCAUGAUCUCCGACAACGCUUCAACAUUCAUGGCUACUUCUAACCAUAUAAGACGUCUGUUCGAGUCGCGGAAAGUACAAGAUGCCCUUACCAGUCAAGGUACCACGUGGAAGUUCAUACCCAAGCGCGCUCCAUGGUUUGGCGGCUGGUGGGAGAGAUUAAUCGGGCUCACCAAGACAGCACUGAAGAAGACUCUUGGUCGUUCUUACGUUAACUUCGACAUGCUACAGACGGUAGUUACCGAAAUAGAAGCUGUUUUGAAUGACCGGCCACUAACGUACGUCUCUUCCGGUAUGAAUCCAGAACCACUCACACCAGCACAUCUUCUAUAUGGCAGACGCAUUAUAACAUUACCAUAUCACGACCCUAAAGAUGAAACAGUCCCAAGUUCAAUCCUUGGUGGACACCGUAACAUUAAUAAACAAGCCAAGAUCCAGAUAAAACUGAUAAACAACUUCCGGAAACGAUGGAGACACGAAUAUCUUACUGCUAUCCGAGAGCAACAUCGUACAUCAGGGCGGAAUAAACAAUCCAUAGCGGUAGGCGACGUUGUACAAGUUCAUGAUGAAGUUCCAGGUGCACAAUGGAAGUUGGCAGUCAUAGAACAACUCGUGCCCGGUAGAGAUGGACUGGUUCGGUCAGCGAAAAUUAGAACAGACAAUGGUACUACUAAUAGACCAAUAGUAAAACUCUACCCUUUGGAAGUUACAGAACUGUAG